UAUAGCCUUUAUUUGACCAAAUCAUCACAUUUUAUACUGCUAUUUAUACAACAGAAGGAAGUCUCAUCGUUAGACGACAUUAGACACCAAUGUCUUUUGUCCUCUCACAGGUUGUAAGCGAUACCCCACAUCCCAACAUUACAACAUUACUCUUACAUCUGUAACAUGCAGUAGGCACUUGUGACAAUUGAAUUAUUUAAAGAACAAAAAAAUGUUCCUUUACAUGUGGAAAUUCAUUUAACUUCUCACUGCCAAUACAAACACAACUUGCAGAAAAGAAUGGCCAAUUGUUGAUGAAAUGCAGUUUACAACUGGGUGAGUCACACUGGGUGUCAGAAAGACAUGACACAUGAUGUUUCGACUCCUGACACAAAUUCCAUUCCAUUCAGUCAUGGUUACUCUGUUUAUCUGUCUAUAUCAGCAGCUACUAGGUAAAAACAUGUUAAAAUGUGGGCUGUUGGCAGACAUGUUUGUAAAAAUACCUAUGAUUUAAUUAUGUUUUAUUCAGAAAACUAUGUGCUUGGUCUGCUGUUGAUACACAGGGAAAGCAUUACCUUGUGUUACUUCUCUUUUCUUGAAAAGUUUCAGUUUCCUGCUUAACUAGAAUGGUACUCAGCUGUCAAUUCCGGAAAUGCUGAAACCAGUCCCACAAGGAAGGGAGGAGCCAAAGUCUGUUAAACCUGCAAGAUGUGGACCUUAACUUUACAUCUCUGUUUGGCUGUCAGAGGAAUCAGUCAUGGGACUGCUGCUGCCAAUCCUUCUUGGCUUUCUUGCCGCUCUGAUUGGAGGGCUGUACAUUCUCGGAGUGUUUCGUCAGCGGCGACCAGGAGAACCCCCUUUGGAUAAGGGGCUGAUACCUUGGCUGGGUCAUGUCUUAGAGUUUCGCAGGAACACGUUCAAGUUCCUACAGAGGAUGAAGCAAAAGCAUGGUGAUGUGUUUACAGUACAGCUGGGAGGGUUUUAUAUUACAUUUCUGCAGGACCCUCUUUCGUUUGGGGCACUUGUUAAGGAGAGUCGAGAAAAACUGGACUUUAUUGAGUUUGCUCAGCAUUUGGUGCGCAGAGUGUUUGGUUACUCACCUAUAGAAAAUGAUCACCAGAUUCUCCAGAUGUCCAGCAACAAGCACCUCAAGGGAGAUGGCCUGGAAGUAAUGACACAAGCCAUGAUGAAGAACUUGCAGAAUCUGAUGUUGCACAACAUCGGCUCAGCUGCAGACCAAAGAACCUGGAUGGAGGAUGGACUGUUUAUGUACAGCUACAAUAUUGUUUUUAGGGCUGGCUACCUAUCUCUGUAUGGCAAUGAGCCACACAAGUCAGAGGGAAAUGAAGACAAAGCCAAACAGAAAGACAGAGCAGAAUCAGACGCCUUAUUUCGAGAGUUUCGUAAAUAUGACCAACUCUUUCCCAACCUGGCUUAUGGGGUCCUGACACCAAGGGAAAGACUGGAAGUGAAGAGACUACUAAGAUAAUUCUGGAACACUCUGUCAGUGCAGAAAGUGAGGACCAAGGAUAACAUCAGUCGCUGGAUUUGGGACAUACAGCAGACCAAACAGGAGUUGGGUAUGACUGAGUCAAUGAUAACCAGGUACAUGUUUGUACUUCUUUGGGCCUCUCAGGGCAACACAGGGCCUUCUGCAUUCUGGCUGCUCCUCUUCCUCAUGAAACACCCAGAAGCCAUGACAGCAGUGAAGGAAGAGGUAGACAACGUUCUGAAGGAAUUUGGUCAACAAGUCAAAUGUGAUGGUCCUUUAAUUAACCUGACACGUGAGAUGCUGAUGAAAACACCCAUCCUGGACAGUGCUGUGGAAGAGACCCUCCGACUCACUGCUGCACCCCUGCUCACCAGAGCAGUGCUUCAGGAUAUGACUGUCAAGAUGGCUGAUGGGCGUGAGUACUUCAUUCGCAAGGGUGACAGAAUGGCAGUCUUUCCUUACAUUGCUCACAUUGACCCAGAGAUCCACCCUGACCCACAUUCAUUCAGAUAUGACCGCUUCCUCAAUCCAGAUGGGAGCAAGAAAACUGAUUUUUACAAAGCAGGGAAAAAGAUGAAGUAUUACAGCAUGCCCUGGGGUGCUGGGGUCUCCAUGUGUCCUGGGCGUUUCUUUGCCACCAAUGAGCUGAAACAGUUUGCUUUCCUCAUGCUGGUUUAUUUUGAGUUUGAGCUGAAGAAUCCUGAUGAGAAGAUACCUGAGAUUGACUACAGGCGAUGGGGCUUUGGAUCGAUGCAACCCGACAGAGACGUCCAGUUCCGAUACAGACUCAGAUAUUAAACCAAUCAAUCAUUCUGAUAACAUUUUCCCUGAAGUUGAUCAUCUCUGUGAGUGUUCUUUUAGAAGUUAUGUAUGAAACAUGAGAUUAAGCUUAUUUUUAUUUUUCAUACCAACAUCAUUAAUGUGGCUUCAGAACUUAAUGUUUCUAUAUUUUUGGGUGGAACUAUAUUGUCAGCAAUAUUCUAAAUAAGGACUACAGAUCGAUUUCCUUUAAGUUUACUAUACACAAAGGCACUGAUAUUUUCCAUAUCUUAGUUUAUAUUAGAUAUAACACUGUCUCUUCUGUUUGUAAACCAUGAAUUAAUCUUUGUAAAAUAAACAAAUACUAAUGGUUUAAGAGAAUAUUGUGA